UGGGGAUUGGAAUCUAUGGACCACCAAUGAACUAUAGCAUCAUUAAAAGAUUACCAGACCAGCUCUCGGUUUAUACAGCAGACAUGAUGGCAAUUAUUAUAGGCUUGCAAUGGAUAGAGGAAAUAAAAGCAGAUAGAGUGCUACGUUGUGUGGACUCUCUGGCAGCAUUAUAUAGUAUUAAAAAUAUGGAAUCAAGUGGAGAGGAUUUAUUAUUAGAAAUACAUCAAAACUUAUUCCAACUACACAUGUUAAAAAUAGACAUAAGAUUUUGCUGGGUGCCUGCACAUGUAGGGGUGGAGGGGAAUGAUGUGGCAGAUAAAAUGGCUAAAAUGGGAAUGAGAAGAAAUGAAAUUAUAGAUAUACCUGCUGGUAAAGGCAAUAAUUAAAAAACAAAUGAUGGAGAAAUGGCAAAAUAGGUGGGAUGAGGGUAGUAGCGGGAGAAAGUAUUAUAAAGUACAAAAAUCUAUCAGUGCACAAGGGGUGAAGAGAAAAAACAGAAAAGAGGAAGUAGUGUUAACUAGGAUGAGGUUCAAUCACACCGGGUUAAAUGACAAGAUGUUUUUGAUAGGGAAAUGUAAAUCAAAAGUAUGUAUGGAGUGUAAAAGUAUAGAGAACGUAGAACACAUAUUACUACACUGCAAGAGAUAUAGGGAAGAACGUGUAACGUUAAGGAAAAGAAUUAAGAAGAUAGGAAGGGAAUGGAGCAUUGAGGAUAUCUUAGGAACAGGUGGGGAGGGGGUAAGAGAUAUACAGAGGGCAGUGAUAGAAUAUGUGAAGGACACGGGAUUAUAUAAUAGAAUAUAGAUACGUAUUAGAAUAUUUUAUUAUAAGUAUUAUCAUUAGGAUUAUUAUUAUUAGUAGGAUAAGUAGUCUCCUCAUUAUCUAAGUUAGCAUAAAGUAGGAUACUUUGUAUACUUUGUAUAUGGCCCAUGUUACAUACUCUGGUACAGUAGGUGGCGGUAUGCACCUUUUAAAGUCACGGUUGCAACCCGCCAUUAAACUAAAAGAAGAAGAAGAAAAAGGCGGAAGUUAGCAGCGACACUUGAAGAGGACGAGAGACAAAACACGCGACGUUCAAGUGGUUUUCUCGCUACCAGAAAACACCAAGAUGCUAAAAGAGUUGGUGAAGGGGAGACUGAUGGUGGCGGCUGAUGAAAUAUUGGCGAUGUUUGAAAGAACGAUAGCGUCGUACGAGGAGGAACUUUCUCGACUAAGAGAGGAGAACGGGCGACAAGGACGACAACUGGAAGCUGCUGGCAAGACUGGCAUUAUGCAACACGUCGAAGACUUCCAGCAGAUGAUUGGUCGUCAGGAAGAACAUCCCCCGCAGCUUGAGGGGGGGAGCUCCACUUUGAAGCAGGAGGGUCCCCAGCCCCCCCACGUUAAAGAGGAAGAGGAGGAGCUCUGGAUCACUCAGGAGGGAGUGUGUCUUUUCGGGUCGGGGGAGGCUGAUCUCACCACGUUGCCACUGACUGGUGUCUCUGUGAAGACUGAAGAGCAUGAAGACAAACCACCCGAGUCCUCACAGCUUCAUCACAGUCCAAGUGAGGACAACAGAGGGGCGGAGCCUCCAAGCAUCAGCAGCAGCAGCUCACCACAACACAUGACAACAGAAGCUGGUGGAGACCACCGUGGAGGAUCACAAGCAGACAAGCUCUUAGCUCCGCUCUCAGAUAGCGAGCACACAGACAGGGACCACACCCACGAAGCUUUGAGCAGCGACACAGACUGCGAAGGUGAUGUGAGGACUCAGGCUGACAACAAACACUCUAAAAAGAAGACGGGUGAAAAACGUUUUAGUUGCUCAUUUUGUGCCAAAGGCUUUCAUUUUAAGAGUGAUUUGACUCGACACAUGUGGACGCACACAGGAGAAAAACCCUUUAGAUGCUCAGUUUGCGAUGUAAGCUGUUCUUAUAAGAGUGAGCUGACUCAGCACAUGCGAACACACACAGGAGAAAAACCUUAUAGUUGUUUAGUUUGUGGUGAUAAAUUUGCUCAGAAGUACACUUUGACAAGACACACGAGAACACACACUGGAGAAAAACCUUUUAGUUGUUCAGUUUGUGGCAAGCGCUUCUCUGAAAAGUCACACAGGCUAUCCCACAUGAAAACGCACACAGGAGAAAAACCUUUUAGUUGUUCAGUUUGUGGUAAACGAUUCUCUCAUAAGUCAACUAUGGUAUCACACAUGACGACACAUACGGGAGAAAAAGCCUUUGAGUGCUCACUUUGUUCUAAAAGGUUUUCUCAUAAGAGUGAUUUGAUUCGUCACGUGAGAAGACACACGGGAGAAAAACCUUUUAGAUGCUCAAUUUGUGGUAAAAUGUUUCCUCAGAACAGUGAUUUGAUUCGACACACGAGAACACAUACAGGAGAAAAACCUUUUAGUUGUACAGUUUGUAGUAAAAGAUUCUCUGAAAAGUCACACAUGCUGUCGCACAUGAGAACGCACACAGGAGAAAAACCUUUAAGAUGCUCAGUUUGCAGUCAGAGUUAUUCUUGUAAGACGACUUUGACAGCACACAUGCAGGCACACAACGGACAAUAAAUGUUUUCUGCUAAAUGACUGUCUAAUCGUAGAAGUGAAAGUGAUGAUCUGCUUGUGUGUGAUUGUGGUUAGUUGCUGUGCUGCUAAGAGCAGCAGCUCCACAACAUGGAUUGCCCAGUUUUCCUCACCUUCCUGCUAUUGGACUACAGAAGUGUAACCAGUGAUCAUGAAAGUGUGUUUGUGUUGUGCCAAUGUUCAAUAAUCCUGUGUUGUGCUGUUUACACAGACUGUAAGUUCCAGCUUCAUCAACACGUCCAUCACCUUCCAUACAGAGAUAGGAAGCUAAUAUGAGAUGAUGGAGACGAUGACCAGACCGUUGUUCUAGAUGCUAUAAAUCACAUGUUAUGAUUGUGUUGCACUCAUUCAUUGCUAUAAAGACCAUUUCUCUUGUGACCUCUUUGCUGCUCUUCUUUCCUCCUCAGCUCUCAUCCGAUUGCGCGCAAAAUGGCAGCGGUGUGACAUCGUGUGCGCUUCCGGCCUCCAAAACCAAAACACUGCCCGUUACAUCCUGUCAGACGGUGGCGGGUAUUCUGCCAAAGUGGCUCAACCAACACAGGCUUUGUGCUCAUGAUGCAGCUCAACAAAACCCUAGUUCCCCAAAUCCAACUAAACGGUACCGCAAUGCUGGUUAUCAGCUAACGUCAAGUCCGCUUCUCGGUGUUGUUCUCAGUGCAUGUUCACAUGAAAGGGGGCGUUUGAUGCCAUCCUACUUACGCUCAAACGUGAAGCCAUCGUGGCUGAUAUAUUGAAAAAAUGACUGCGUAAUUAUUAUUGGAGCGUUAUGAGUUCCCAAAACUAGAUGACUGCUAAAAGCAACACUUGCCCCCAAUACAGCAAGCAAGCAAGUUAUUUAUUAUACUACUUAUUUAUUAUACUAUCUAUACCCUACUGGUUGGUUCAUUGAUCUACAUUAUA